AUGUUAUUCAUACGUAGUAAAGAGAGACAAAGAGACGAUCAGACAGAGUUCAGAUCAAACUAGUUUCAUCUGAGCUACAGGAGAGAAAACUGGAAAACUCCCACACUGCUGCUUAAAGCUGCUGACGCUCCACACACUGAAUGUGAGUUUGAGCAGAACUCCUGUCUGCUGUUUUCAGCUUCACUCACAGACUCAAUGGCUUCCAGAUCAGAGGACGAUCUCUGCUGUCCGGUGUGUCAGGAGGUCUUCAGAGAUCCUGUUAUUCUGUCAUGUAGCCACAGCUUCUGUAAAGACUGUCUGAAGAGAUGGUGGAGAAAGAAAACAACACACGAGUGUCCAGUUUGUCAGAGAAGAUCUUCAGGGAAUGAUCAACUUGUAAACCUGGCUUUAAAGAACCUGUGUGAGUCGUUCUUAGAAGACGGAGAUCAGACAGCUUCAGAGGCUCUCUGCAGUCUGCACUCUGAGAAACUCAAACUCUUCUGUCUGGACCAUCAGCAGCCAGUGUGUCUCAUCUGCAGAGACUCAGAAAAACACACCAACCACAGUUUCAGACCCAUCGAUGAAGCUGCACAACAACACAAGAAGGAACUUCAGGAAACUCUGGAGUCCUUAAAGAAGAAGUUGAUGGUUUGUGCAGAACUUCAAGUGAAGUUUGAUCAAAUAGCAAAACACAUUAACGUCCAGACCCGACACACAGAGACUCGGAUUAAGGAAAAGUUUAAGAAGUUUCGCCAGUUUCUAGCAGAGGAAGAGGAGGACAGGCUGGCUGCACUGAGGGAGGAAGAGGAGCAGAAGAGUGGGAUGAUGAAGGAGAAGAUGGAGUCCCUGAGCAGACGCAUAGCUGCUCUUUCAGACACAGUCAGAGCCACAGAGGAGGAGCUGAGAGGUGAAGACAUCUCAUUCCUGAACAACUACAAGGCUGCAGUGGAAAGAGUCCAGCACUGCCCCCUGCUGGAUGAUCCACAGCUGCCCUCAGGAGCUCUGUUAAACCAGGCCAAACACCUGGCCAAUCUGACCUUCAACAUCUGGAACAACAUGAAGGACAUGGUCUCCUACACUCCUAUCAUUCUGGACCCAAACACUGCUCAUCCAGAACUCAUCCUGUCUGAGGAUCUGACCAGUGUGAGACGAGGAGAUGAACAACAGCUUCCUGAUAAUCCAGAGAGGUUUGAUCGGUUCUACUCCGUCCUGGGCUCUGAAGGCUUUGACUCUGGGACUCACAGCUGGGAUGUCGAGGUUGGAUACAGUACAUGGUGGAACCUGGGUGUGUUUGCAGAGUCUGUGCAGAGGAAGGGAGACAGAUUGUCUGGAUUAUGGAGAAUAAGGUUCUAUGAAGGUAAAUAUUACGCGUGGUCACCAUCAGCUCCAGACACUGCUCUCUCAGUACAGAAGAAGUUUCAGAGGAUCAGAGUGAAUCUGAACUGCAACAGAGGAAAGCUGUCGUUCUCUGAUCCUGAUACUAACACACACAUACACACCUUCACACACACUUUCACUGACAGGAUGUUUCCAUUCAUUAACACUGUGGUUGGUAAAUUGAAGGUUCUGCUGUAGAAGGUGUCAUUGUCAGUGUCAAUUAAUUCAUUAUAAUUAUAUUUUAAUGUUGUUACAAACCUGUUAAACUGCAGCUGUCCACCUGCUGCCUUAUUGUUCCAAAGCUCUUUAUUACUCACACUGUUCUCACUCUUUCUUUGUUUCUGCUGUCCACUUUUUCACAUGGAAAAUCAUUUCACUGUUUCUUGUUGAAUGACCCCCAAACUACAUUUAAAAUUUUAUCAAGUUUUUAAUCUGUGAUGAUGUCAGAAGUUAGAAAGCUAUCUGACCAACCAGCAGCACACAGUUUAUUUUAUUGGCAGUUUUUUUUGAAGACAUGUAAUGUGUAUGGGCAAUGUGAAUACAAUAUUACAUUUAUAACCUUGAUGAUGGAACUAAAGUAUAAGAAGAGAUAGGAUAUGUAGACAUUUAUUAAAUAGAAUUACACUGGAGAAGAAAUGAUGUUUCUAGAAUGAUGCAUUGUGAUAUGUAAACUGUGUCCAAUAUAAACUUUGAUUAUUGUUUCUCUGUAAUUAAUAUUUCUGAACACUGGAUUGCCAUAAUCACAUGAUUAACUCUGUCUUUUCUUUGUUUUAUCUUUGGAAUGAUUUUUUUUUAAACUAAUAAAAACAAACAUUGACAAUCAGCAAACAAUUUAUGAUGACAAGAUCCUUUUUCUGAAAAGUCAAGCCACUGCACUGAGAAAAACUAACCAGGCUAAACACAUUUAUCUGAAGUUUGCCUCCAUGGAUGAUCACAGGACCAUCAGAACAAAAUGAGCAUGUGUGAAGAACCCAAGAAAUACUUCUCCCUUUCAGCAUGACAGGAAAACAGGAACAAUCAAACAGAUUUCAAGCACAAUAACCAACUGUGACCUCAAGAUGGCACCAGCUGAUCUGAGAUGCUUUAUUGCACAGAACACUGCUGCUCUGAGAAGUCAUCAGAGAUUGCCUUGUGUUUUCUGACAACUCCCAGAUGAAUGCAGAUGAACAUUAAAUGACUUCAGCCUUACACCAAGAAGGCAGGGCGGAUUGAUCCAAAUAUCAAUAGUAUCAAUCUUGAAAGGGGAUUUGUGAAAGAGAAAAAAAGGCUGUUUGAAGGAAAUGAAAGCAGGAGAGCUGUUAAAAUGAAAAUAAGACCACCGUUCUCAGCAUGUCUGCAUGGGCAGUGGAAAGUUCUAUACAUUUAAGUACUCGUAAAACUCAACCCCACUAUAAAUGAGGGGAAGACAUUGUUUAGUCCUACUCUGUCCACUUCUCUGUACACUGCGAUGUAGAGAACACAACUGCUUGCAAGUAAAACCUUUUCUGAGACACUGUGAUCAUUGCUUAAGUAUUUUGAUGAAAAAUUCUUCUGACUGUAUCAGAUCCAACAUUAAAUGACAAUGAUGUAUGUAGGAAGAAAAUUCUUCUGAUUAUAAGGUGAAGUGUAGCUAAUGAGCUGCCACAGCUUUUUUUUUUUUUUUUGUUAAUACAACAGUUGAUGCCCAGAGAGCUGCGCUGCAGGUUGCAGCCCUUGGAAUGUGGAGCGAGGUGCAUGUUUUAAGUUGAUAUCAUUCAUUAAAUCCUGAAUCGAUUUUUAAAUAUAAAUGUAUUUUGCCAUAAACGUCAGAAUCUCAGGUGACCCAGUGUUUUGUGUUUGAUUUAUACUUCUUGAGUAUUGUUAGAGAAGUUACAUCCAGAUGAAAAGAAUCAGCCUUUUGAGAUUCACUUACCUGAGUGAUUCUGGGAUUACAGGUAAACAUAGAGUUCUGAUCAAUCUGCUGAUCAUGCAACUAUUUCACUGUUAAUUCAUCAUUGCCACAUGUCUUUAUUUGAAUGCAAAUACACUAUGUUUGAAUUAUACUUGGAGAGACAGAGUGGGGUGGAGUGCAGCUCUAUUGUGUUUUGAGCAAAUAAUCAAAUGAACAGGAGUCAACAGAGAAGAGAAGCGAACAUAAUCAAAGGUUGGUGUUCGUUUGAUUU